UUCAAAUGAAUAACUUACAGCAGCUUGGCUAUACCAAGCCAUGCUAUAACUUCAUAUAUCCUUCGCUGAGAGGAUUAAAUCCUCAGUUCCACUGAGGAUAUUACUCUCAGAAGCAGAUGUGGCAAUAUGUGGAUUUACUGUUUAAAAUGUUACAGUCUCAGCAUCCAAAUCCUGUGAAUUCUUUGCCAGCACGAAGAAUGCCUUCGAAGACGCAAGCGUCUUCGAAGGCGCUUCAGUCUGCUCCAAAGACGAAUAAAGGCUCUUUGAUUGAUAUAGAGCUCAAUACGGACGCUUUUAAGUCAGCAAUUAGUGAGCUAAGUUAUUCAAUAGAAACAUUAAAUUCUGAGCUCAACGCUCAGAAGAAUCUAGUGAAGGAGUUGGUUAAAUCUCCUUAUGAAAAGCUUUCAAAAAUGAAUUACAGAGCAGCUAUACCAAUGAAUCCUUCUGCAAAAGAUUAUUUGAAUGGUUACUGAACUCAGAUAGAGCAAAUUAUGACAGAACUUUCAGCCAAACUCUCAAAAUCCACUUUUCCCACUCUCAGAGAAGACCUUGACGACUUACUCCUUACCAAAGACACCCUCUCUACCCACCAUCACCGGCUAAAUUCCCUCGAAAGCCAGAUUCUCCAAGCAGUGACUCAACAAGAGUGGAGACUCUCCACUCUUGAGCUGUCAGAGUCUGUAGACUCUAAGCUUCAGAAGUGAACAGAGCAGGUUUAUGAAGAGACGAGUCAGGUCAGAGGCUAUGCUGAUGAGAAGGUGGGUGAGAUACAGCAGAGGGUAGCAGAAAGUGAGGUGAAGACUGUGUGAAAGAUACGUGACUGAGAGGUUUUACUCAAGCAGAGAGUAAGUGAAGGCUAUCUUGACAAUAUGUUGAGAGCCAGAGAUGACAGGCUUAACAAAGUAAUUGAGAGAACAAGCGACAGGAAUAUACUCAGAAUGGAUACUAUGUACAAAGAGCUGACAGCAAAGGAUGACUCUCUCGAUAAACAACAAAGCGAGGAUCGGAAAUAAAACUCUUGAACGUGAGAGAUUAUUUGCUUACAAAUCGGAUUACGAUGCUAGCCAUAAACAUAUUCAGCACUUAGAGAAAAAGAUAAAUGAAUUCCAUAGCGAAUACGAUGACCAACUGACUGACUUCAAGAAGUCGAUCCUCGAGUUCAACAAGAGGGUCACAGAAGUGGCUAAAACCUUGGCGAACAUUGUGAAAGAGAAUGAAGAUCUUUCUAAUGCAGCUCAGAUGGCUUCUGCAGCUCAGGACUUACUGAACAGCUGCUCUAUCAAGCUUGCAACCACUGAUAAAGAAAUGCAGAAAAUGCAUAAGAUCAUUGAGACCAAGAUUGGGAAUGAUGAUUUCUAUAAGACAAUUUCCAAGAAAAUGGACCGCUCUGAAAUCAUGAAUAUGAUAGGCUCUGAAGAGGAGAAAGAACGUAUCAAGGAGUGAGUCAAGAAGGAAACAUCCCAUCUUGAUAAGACAAUACGUGAUAUGGAGAGAUACUGGGACCAGAAAUUGGUCAAAAUGAGACAAGACCUUAAUGUCCACCAACUCAUGAAGAGACUUAAUGAGAAGGUAUCUGUUACUCAGGCUAAUACCAUGCAUGACGAGAACAGCAUGAGGAUCGAAGAGUGAGAAGACACUCUACAUAACUUAGGCCAGGAUAUGCAGUACAUCGCUAAUUCGUUCGGAUCCAUUCGGAAAUAUGUAGUUGAUAUCAAGAAAAUUCAUAGUGAUUGCACGAAGAGCGCAUCUUGCUUAUCCUGAGGUAAUGACCAGAAUAAGACAAAUCUAAAGAAGCAAAAUAAUAUUAAAGGUCUCAGCUCACAAAAGUUUCCAGGAAUCUUAAAGAAAGGAAGACCUCAUCUUGAAGACCGCAGUAUGGUUGAAUACGAUGUUGGAAUCAAGGUUUUCUCAGGCAAGUUCCGGCCAAAGAGCGCUCAUAAGUUCAGAACUAAGAACCAAAUAAAGUCUAACCUAAAGUUCUCAAGAGCAAAUAAGCUGGCAAAGGAUAAGAAUUUAGAAUCAUAUUCACCAAGCAGGGUUUAUGAUAUCAACACGGAUAACGAGAACUCCUUUCUCCAAGUGAACAAGUCUAUAAAUUCAUUGAGAGAAACUCAGGAUGUGAACGACAACAGCGUGUACACAACCCAGGUCAAUGAGCUUAAUACGAAAUAUUAA